AUGAGUAUAACAGAUGUUAAACUGAAUAUUUUGUUCGUUGUAGUGAUGUUAUUUAGAGCUGGUUCGUUGCUUGUGCAAAUAGGCACAUUUCCUACUGAAAAUGUUUACAACAUAAUUUUUCAAAAUGUCGUCACCUUUUCGAUUUCUGUGAUUUCUUUUGCUUUAUUUGGAUACACUUUGGCUUACGGGCGUCAAGAUUUUUGCGGAUUUUUCUCGUUUGGUUCAUGGAUCGAUUCCGUUGAUGUUAAUUACGAACGAGCUAUUUAUGGUAUUUGUGCAGCUCUAAUUGGUUCCUCUGUAAUUACAAUGCAGGUGUCUGGAAGGUUACAUUUUGUAGCAUAUAUAUUGAUUGAAAUUUUCUACUCCGGUUUGAUGCUACCAUUGGUGAUGCACUGGACUUGGCACGAGGAUGGAUGGUUAAGGAAUCUGAAUUUCUUUGAUGUGAACGUGACGUUCGUUGAUUACGCGGGAGGUGUUUUGAUACAUACAACAUCGGGAAUUGUGGGUCUGCUCGGAUCAUUGUUUCUGGGUAGACGCUUGCUGCGACUAAACCGACUUGAUGAUUGUUCUGUUGGCACAGAAUCCAGUGGAGCAACUUUAGUGGGUUACAUAUUAAUGGCUUUAGGUUUACUCGGAAUGUCGUUACCGAAAAUUGUUCACUUGAAGCACGCCCUGAGCGUUGUUCUGAUAAAUAUGAUUGUGGCGAUGGCAGUAUGCACCGCCGUUGCUAUAACUAUUCAACUGAUAUUUUGCAACAAGCAAUUUAAUUACUGGGCUAUAUUGAGCUGCGUGCAGGCAUCCUUAGCAGGAUUAAUCAUUACAUCGUCGGGAAUUAUGUAUUAUUCUACAGUUAUAAGCAUACUAAUUGCAUUAAUUGGAGCAGCGUUAUACACACUCGCCUCGCGAUGCGUUCAAGUAUCGGCAAUUGAGGAUUACAGUAACGUAAUUGCUUUGCAUUUAAUUUGCGGCCUCGCAUCGACUAUUUUCCCGCAGAUAUUCAAACACGAAACAAACAGGAAAAUACUUUACGGGACAUCCUGGAAUAUUCUGGCGGCGUUAAUGAUUUCAGCUCUAUUUUUCGUUACUUUCUCUUUAGUAUUUGCGGUACUUUGGUGUUGCGGGUUCUUAAGAAAUAUAAACGACGAAGUUUGUCAUGAACGAACUAAAAGACUUCUCGAUAAUAAGAACGUCUCGUUUGCUAGAAGAUUGUUAGGGUUUAAAGAUGAAGUGUUCUUGGAGCCGGGAUUUGCUAAUAGGAAAAUUGGAAGUAUGGAAACGAGAAGUACAAAUUCGUUAACGGGUAGGACACGCGGUGGAUUUAAAAAGUUUUCCGAUUAUUCCUUUAAGCACAAUGGAACUUCGCAAGAUAGAUCGAAGAUUUUUGGUGAUAGAAACAAGGAUUAUAGAAAUUCUCAGUCUUUUGAGAAUCAAAGUGAUGAUAAAUUCAUAAAUUACAAAGAAGAAUUUUUUAUUGGCGCUGAUGAUUAUAAAAUGAGUAAUUUUGAUUCAGAUUAA